UUUGACACGCCGAGUUAAACAAAAACAUGUAUACAAGCUUCAUAACCCCCAAUUAGAUCACCAACUUCAGAGUUUGAAUGCCCUGAUAGAAAGGCUGCAUCCGAAGAUUGGUAGGGCAAGAAGGAUUGUGUCAAGAAGUAAAAUCAAGAAGUUGGCUCAUGUAGUAUGGACUUCUAUGACUGGAGACCCUAUUGGGAAACUGGUAAACUCAAUCAAGAAUGACUUGAAUUGGUGGCUUGAGUCUCAAUUAUUGGCUCAAAAUGUUGAGAGAGUAAUAGAAUCAACCGCACAAGAUGUCCCAAUUCGAUUGAAAGUAAAGGCUGAACAAGGCUACCCAAUUUCUAGUAAAUCUAUGUAUGUGAGAAAUUUGCUAGAGCGGGAUGAGCCUCAUCGAGUCAUUCUAAUUGUUGGGUUAUCUGGUAUUGGAAAGUCAUGUUUGGCUCGUCAAGUAGCUUCAGAUCCUCCUGCAAGAUUUAUGGGAGGGGCGGUUGAACUUGGAUUCGGACAAUGGUGUAGUAGAGCUGCUUGCAACGGACGUAAGUCUGAUUACCAGAAGCGAUUAGCAAGAAAAAUUAGUAAAUUCUUGGUGCAGAUAGGGUUUUGGAAAAAGAUUAAGGAUGAGAAUAUCGGAGAUCUUGACUAUCUUUGUUGCUUGCUUCAAGAAGCCUUGUAUGGAAAGAGCUUAUUGAUCCUUCUUGAUGAUGUGUGGGAGCAAGACAUAGUUGAGCGGUUUGCAAAGCUGUACAAUAAUGAUUGCAAGUAUUUAGUAACAACCAGAAAUGAAGCUGUCUACGAAAUAACAGAAGCUGAGAAAGUAGAGUUGAGCAAAGAUGAUAUAAGGGAGAUAAGCAAGGCAAUCCUUCUCUACCAUACCCUCCUUAGUGAAGAAGAGUUACCGGACAUAGCUGAAAACUUGCUCGAGCGUUGUGGCCACCAUCCUCUAACAGUUGCUGUCAUGGGUAAAGCUCUCAGGAAAGAGUUAAGAGGUGAAAAAUGGGAGAAGGCCAUCACAAAUCUAUCCACCUUUGCCACUUGUGCACCAGGUCCAGUCUCAUAUGUGAAUGAGAAAGAAGCUGAGAAUACUCUAACAAUUUUUGGGUCAUUUGGGUUCAGUCUUGAAGCAAUGCCUAGAGAUCCCAGAAGGCUUUUCAUAGCUCUUGCUGCUCUUUCAUGGGCAGAACCUGUACCAGAAACUUGUCUAGAGGCUAUGUGUUCAAUUCUUGGGCAGAAAAGCCUAUUCCCUCUAAUAGUGUGCAAGCUUGUUGAAGGUUCAUUGCUUAUGAAAGAUGAUACAGAUCCCUUAUACCAUGUACAUGAUAUGGUUUCUCUGUUCCUUGAUAGCAAGAAAAAUGAUUCAGUUCAGAUACUAUUAAGUGAAUCAGAAACUGAAGAAAUUUCAUUCAUUUGGCCUUGGCUUCUUACUUUUGGGAAAGAGGACAUCAAAAAAAUUGCGGAGCAAAAGAUAGAGAGUGUCCUCAGUGUCUUAGAAGAAAAGCAGACAAUUAUCACCUUAGAAGCUAUCCUGCAGGCUCUAAUGGCUAGCAAAUCCAUUUCUGAACUUGAAGCUAGCAGAGCCAGCUUCAGUGGCAUAUUGGGACCCUGGAUUCCAAAACUCAUCUCAACAGACUCGCAGAGUCUAAUUGCUGUGUCUGCAGAGGCUAUUACAAAUAUAUUUAGUAAGGGUGAUUAUUGUAGUUAUUUUCCAUCCCUUGAAAUGUCUGGAGCAGUUGAUAAGUUGGCAGGUCAGUUAGAAAAAUGUGAGGAUCCAAUAAUCCAAACUAACAUUUUAACUGUCCUCACAAAGCUUGCAGAGUUCAGUAGUCCAGAGACAGUUGACAAGGUGCUUGAGAGCGUUCCCUUUGAUAAGCUUGCCAAUUUGCUCUCUCACAAUGCUGAAGAAUGGCAUGAGAGCAUAUUUGCGAUUUUGAUGUCAUUGAUCAAAGCUGGAAAAUCAAAAGCUGUUGAGAAAAUGUUUGCCUUUGAGAUUGAGAAGAACCUUAUCAAACUUCUUGAGAAUGGAUCAGAAGUAGUACAACACCAUGCGGUUGUCACGUUGAAGGCACUUUAUGAGCUGGCUGGCCCUCAUGCAAAUGGUUCCCUUCAACCUGCUAAUCUAAGCCUUUUGCCAUGGCAAGCGAGGCUUCGUUUGGAAAGAUUUGUUUUGUCAGACAGAAGUGUUGCCCCUUCGCCAAAGCCUCAAACCUUUGAAGAUGUCAUUCAUAGAGUACUAGACAAUGAUAACAAGCAGGUAUUAGACGCAAUGGAGGAUCUCAUACCAUUCGUCGAGAAAGCAGGUGAUCCAAGAAUGAGAGAAAUGAUUUUACGAAGUCCCCUUAUAGAAAGACUAUCAGAGCUUCUGCAAUAUGUGCACCCAGAACAAAAUUCAAUGAGAUCUGGAUCUGCCUUCUUACUGACAAAGCUAGCUUGCGGAGGUGGGGAACCUUGCAUAAAGAAAUUUAUUGAGUAUGAUAUUAUUUCACUGCUAGUUAAGUUAAUGCAAUGCAAUGUCGUAGAGGUCCAGGAUUCAGGCUACACAGCAUUACACCAGAUGCUUUUCAGUAAUGGUGGGUUCCUGGUUUUGAAUAAGAUAAUUCAGAUGGGUCUAAUAGAACGGAUGGUUCAGUCACUUGAAAGCAAAUCGAUGAAGACACGGGAAGUGUUCAUGCACUGUGUUAUGGAUGUCGUUGAAUUGGGAAAAAAAGCCUGCUUAGAACAGAUGCUUUCACUGCAAGUGGUGGAGAAGCUUGUGAAAUUAGAAAAAUCCAGAGGUGGCUCUGGUGAAACCCUGAUUGAAUUUCUCAAAGGGAUGGAUAAGUGCAAGCAUCUUUCCGUAGCUGAACGUAAGUUGAUGAAGCAACAAGUGGUUCGGAAGGUAAGAACUGUACUGAAAGGACAUAAGUUCGAAACUCGGAUUGUUGUUGCAUUAGAUACUUUUCUAUCCGAGGGUUCGAGAGGUUCUAGUAGUAGUGGUAGUAGUAACAGUAAACACAGAAAGUAAACGAGUAUUUGAAAAGAUAACUGUCAUCCAGGCUUGCUUUUCAAAGCUUGAGGUCACUUGUAAAAUUUAUUGGCAUUUUAUCAAGCCGAG